GGAGGUGCGGAAGGAAGGAUAUUGAUCGGGCGGGUAGAAGUACGCGCAUGGGAGAUCCUCUCUGUCCCACCCUGCGGCUUGCAUCCACCUCUGGGUGGGCAACGACGGAACGUGCGUAGUGUCAGUUCGUACUUUAAGAUCCACACUGCGCCAGAAUCGAAAGAGGUACGGCGUUAAACAAGUGCCCGCCGUACGUAUCAGGUAGCUGGUGGCCUAUGCGCCAAGGGUGUGUCGCGGGAACGUCGUUUCCGAUCCCGAUGAGAGGACGUCGAACUUGGUCGGGCCGCACGCUCGAGGACCGGUCGACGUAACAGGAAGUAGACGGGACACGCGACGAAUCCAUUCAUUGCCGGUGAUUUCGCGAAGCGAACCGAGAGCCUCGAAUACACACCCGUGCCGCGCUACUAUAUGCGAACCAGUCGAAUAGGCGCGUUCUGCCUAUUAUCCGUCGCGAGCGUAGAUGUGCAUUAUCAGCGUCGUUCGGGUAGUACAUCGGAACCGACGACACUCUAUUUUCCCCCCUUCUGUUUGGCUAACGAGUAAUCGAUCUCGCGCGUUAGCCGCAGAAAACACAGGUUGAAUCGAGAUUAUGUCCAAUUGGGAUUGGAAAGACAUGGAUUGGGAUUGGGAAGACGCGGAGGAUUCCCCCAGCGAAACGGAGGAGCAGAAGCCGGAGAUUGAUAAGGACUGGCUCGACGGUAUCCUAAGGGAAUUUCACAAAGAAUCGGUCACGAUAACCGAGUGUAACGUAAACCCGGGAUGUAUGAGCAACGAAAGCGUGCUGAGCACUAUAAUUAGCGUUAAAGUCAAGUACGUGUUGAACGAAUCGAACACGACGCAGGAUCUGUCGCUGAUCGUGAAAGAGCUGCCGAAAGAUGCGUUCAAUCGUUAUUACGUUAACGAGGGCCAGUUCGAUCUCAGGGAAAUAAAGUUCUACACACAGGUCAUGCCAGACUUGAAGGAAUUCCAAAAGAAGCAACUGGCGUUGGAGGAGAACAGGUCCGGGGACGAAAUUUCGCUGCCGGUCCCGAUGUGUUACCACGCGCAGUACACACCGGCGGAGGAGACCGACGACGACGUCACGACGCCCGAUUCGAUGCUGGUGCUGCAAGAUCUCCGCGACUACGACUUUUGCAACAUCAAGUUUCGAAAAGGGAUGUCGUACGAUCAAACGAAAGUCGCGUUGGAGGCCAUAGCGCGUAUACACGCGCACUCGUUGGCGAUGAAGGUCAUCGAGGGACAGUCGCUGUCGGAGCGUUAUCCGUUCCUCUUCCAAACCGCAAAAGCGACGGACUCGUAUCAGCAUCUAGUCGAGCGUGGUUUACCGCAGCUAGCCAAAUUUCUGAGAAACACCGGAUUGGAGGCAAUACUCGAAACCCUGCUCGUGCUACGACCGAGAACCAAACACAUAAUAUCCGCGCUUCUCGCGCCGGAAGGGCCGCUCACGCUGAUCACGCACACGGAUUUCUGGAGCAACAAUCUGCUGUUCAAAGACGGGCCCAACGGCCUCGAGUGUUGCAUCCUCGAUUGGCAAAUGGUCACUUACAGCAGACCGACCAACGACAUCGCUUUGCUGAUAGUGAGCUCGUUACCAACCGAGCUGCGUCGAAAGCACACGGAAACCUUCCUCGACAUCUACUGGAACGCCCUGACCAGCACGUGCUCGCGCCUCGGCGUAGACAUACCCAAGGACUUGGGUUACACGAGAGAAGACCUGAGCAAGGAUUACAGACGAUCGCUGCUUCUCGCGCUUCUGCUUUGCAUCGGAUCGGUAGACGUUGCUUUAGGCGAUCCCGACACCGAACAACGACUGAUCGACGCCCUGAAGGAUCUUCACAGCGAAGGCGUGUUCACGGACGAGACUGCCAUCCCGACGAGCGAAAAUGAUUCUUAGUCAGCGUGAUCGUCGCUCAUUAUAGCGCCGCAGUGAAUCAAUGCUACCGCGCGAGAUGUAAAUCGGAGGGGCAACUUGGUGACUCGAACCGAUCGGCCAGAUGUUCGAUCAGAGGUCGACAAUGGACGUUAAAAUCGCGAUUAACGUGAUCUUAUCACGAGCAAAAGGCUUGUGCCGAUAACGACGUAAUUGCGGGUAGCUAAAGAAAUCGAAGUCACGUUAAAAUAUCGUGGAAAGCGUAGAGUCGAUAAUAUAGACUUUUGCGUUCAAAAAAAUAUCUGCUAAUUGAGAAAGUAUUAACGAACAUACGUAGAAAAUUGCGUCAUCGAUAUACAUUUUAAGAUAAUAUUUGGUAUGUUAACUUAUAACACUUAUGUUUCAGCGCGACAUAAGCAGACAGAACAUCAAUAAAUACCACAUGAAAUUAUAAUAUCGAUAAUAACUCGAGAGCUAAAUAAUUGCUAAUAGCGCGUAUGCUAUAAAAUAAUUUAGACCUUUGAUGAGACUUUAAACCAAUUAAGUGUAUCGAUCGUUUGAAUCGAAACUGUUUCUCCGACUGCAUUUCU